AUGUUUCCAACGGUGGACGCUGAGGAUAUUGCAACGGGCACGUCAUUAGAAAGAGAACAAGAUCCUAGCGAUGAUCCAGAAUCCACUGAUAAUUCGCAGGUGGCAAAACAAAACAAUCACAGAGAGUUAACUCUCAAUAUGCUUAUCAAGGAGGCAGUAUUUUGUAUCGCAUUAGCUCUUACUACUUACGGAGCAUUGCACAAUUCACCUACAAAAAUAUCAAAGGUUCCUCAGGCUGUGAGAUUUUUUAAUACAGAUUUAGUGCGGGAUUGGUAUAAAGGCCAGUUAAGUAGUGCUUUAUCUCAUAUAAAUAAAGAAGAUGUGUCAUUUGUUAUGUAUUAUGCACCAUGGGAUGCAGAGUCACAGUAUGUGAGGACAGAAUUUGAAACAGCUGCCAGGGUGUUAAGUGACAGGGUACACUUUAGUGCUAUAAAUUGCUGGAAUCCAGGUAGUGAAUGUAGGUUACAACAUAGCAAAAUCCCAUCUUGGCCUAUUCUUAUGGUGUAUACUGUGACAUCUAGAGGAAUAUUGUAUAAAGGACCUAGAAAUGCAGAGAGUAUGGUUAACUUUCUGGAACUUAUUAUGAAACCACUAGAACGAGUCUCCUCUACAGAAGAUCUUGUGAAUUUACUCUCUAUAUGUGAUGCAGUUGCUGUGGGCUAUACACCACUGACACAUACAUUAAAGUACUACAACAUAUGGUAUAAUACAGCUAUAAAGACCCGAGAGUUUGACACCAUAGGGGAAGUGUGCUUUGCUGUCGUAACAUCUACAGAAUUAGCGAUAGACCUUGGUAUUGACAAUGUACCAAAUGCACGAUUUAUGCUUUGGAAUGAUACUAAGGAUUAUAUUCCAGAAGGUCAAGAAAGAGCAUGGAAUGAAUCAUCUCUUGUUUCAUGGUUGUUAGAAAAUUUUGCUCAACCUGUUGCAAGAAUCAUUCCAAUGUGGAGAAAAGCAUUUAAUUUUGAGAGGUAUGCUGAUGGUAGUCCAAUGUUAAUACUGUUUACUCCAAUGAAUCCAUUGUAUGAACAGUUACCUUCUUAUGCUUUGAUGCGAGAAAUUGCAAUGGAAUAUUACAAUUGUCCAAGCAAUAACACAAAUCAAUGGACAUCGGAACUGAUAAAAUUACAACAAAUUCAGAGGUUGCUUUACCAACAGAAAAACUUUCUAAAAUUUUGCCAAGAACAUACUUUCAAACCAAACAAAAAAUUGCAUAGAAGUAAAUAUAAGAAGGAUGUUGUUUCAAACAAUAAUAAGUACCCUUGGAACAAUGUAACUGAGAAAAAUCAAAAAAACAGUGCUGUUAAUUUAAUUAAACAAGGAUUAGCUGUUUCUAAAAUAAUUGGCAGUGUAAAUGAUAUAGACUUCUGGUCUAACGUGGAUUUAUUGCAAUGUGGCAUCAAAUCAUUGCCAGCAGAAAAAAGUUACUAUGAAAAUUAUGAGAAAUGUUUGACACUUGAUGAAAAGAUGCAGGAAUCUGAAGAAGAUUCAGGGCAAGAAAUCGAGAUGACAAUACUUCCAUUAGAAGACGAUCCACUCUCUCCCGAGAAUCUAAUACAGGAGAACGUUAAGCAUAUUUGCAAUAACUUGCAAUUUGCAAACAAGCUACACCCCUUAGUUAUUCCGGGCAAAGUCGAUGGCAACAUUACUCACAUCCACGGCUUAGCCUGCGCCACGAACAUCAGUAUGUACAUUCUCGCCGUAGACAGCAUUAGAAACUAUCACUUCGCCGAAGCCCUCGGUAUCGACAUCAAAAAUAAGAAGGAUAUGACGGCAGCCGUCAUAUUGGACAGCAAGCACGAGAGCCAGUACGUACUUUCAGAGGAUUACAACGCCAAAUCAGUCCGAGAGUUCAUAGCAAACUUUACUCGUAAGCAAUUGAAGCGUACACUCCGCACGCACGUAGAGGACGCGGCGCACACGCACUAUUUUGGAUCCAAGGGCUCCACGAACGACACCAAAGACUUUAAUGUCAUAGAUCUAACUACGCGGACGUUUAAGACCGCGCGGACUGCUGGAGUGCUAUCCUUGGUUGGAGUCUGUGGAGGAACCUGCGGUGCGCAUACGACACGUGCGAUCGCUGAAGCAACGCGGCUACUCAACGCAUGCGGUGUACAAACGCAGGCGUGUCGCAUCGACGCGCUGCGACACGAUCUGCCCUGGCACUACACGCCGACUAUUUACCCUACAAUUCUAGUCUUCCCACCUCAUCGGAACGGUGAGAAGGACAGUCGCGCAUAUCCGAGCGGCGCGCGCAUUACCUCAAGCGGGUUGGUGGCGUUAGCGCUGCGUGCGCUUGGGCCUCCGCUGAACUUGCGCGUGCGUCUAGCAAUGUGUUCUCGAGUCGUGGCAAUCAGCGAAAAGAAAUCCUGCCUGAAGGACAUGCGAGACAGUAUUGUGUCCUCCAUUGGCAGAAAUCUAAAGUACUGGCGUCAAACUCAAAUAGCAGAACUGAAAGAGACGUUGUUGAAAAGACUUCAAAAUCUAAAUAGCGUAUCUCUGUACCUAUCCUUACUUCACACGAGUGAUCUCAAAGAAAACAACGGAAAGAAGAAUUCACUCUUACGAUCCCUCGACGACCUAACUAGUAAUUGGUACAUUGAUGUUUCGUCAAUUUUAAGAAAAAAUGGUUCUCUGUCGCCGAUAAUCAGAUGA